CUCGCUUAUUCCCAGUGUCAGUCUCUCUGCCAUUAGCGUCCUUGGCAACACGUUGAGCAAAUCCCUCAGACCUGGAUUAGAGACUCCAAAGGAUUUAGGCUUGCUGUCUCACUAAUGUUCCACAGUUUGUGGACAGCGUCUAUCUCUUUCCCUCUCUGCUACACCUGCGUCUCGUCUCUGACUCAACUAACAGGCAGCUGUUUGGAUAACACUGAAGAGCUCCAGCUGAAGACACAAGACUGAGAACCGCGCUGAGACUCUGCUCUAAGAUGCAGGCACACCUUGUUGUCAGCUGAGACAAAGGGAUGUCAUUAAAGAGGAGCUGGCAGGAGUGGUUUCGUUCAGCUGCGAUGAGUGGAGCCAGAUUAUUAACUAACUGUUGAUAUCAUUUGGAAAGGAGGAUCUUUUUUUCUCCCACUUGCACCAAGAGAGAACUGCCUACUGAAAAUGCCAGAUCUGGAGGAACACUUUGGAAAGGCUCCGUCAGCAGACAAAAUCAUUUACUAACCCUCGGCUGGCCACCAAGGAAACAGAUGCUGUAUACUCAUCGACUCUGCCGAAGCCGAGAGACCCAUCCUCUUAAAUUAAACGCCCCCCCCCCCCCCCACCGUUGACUUCUGCCAGUUGUAUUUAAGCCUUUGUAUUGUCAUUGGCCUUGACAGCCAGGGGGAACACAGACUUAAUCCCACCUGAGCCGGUUUUGUUGUCACAGAGACGGAACGGGGAAGCCUUGGCGAGCAGCCACACGCCUUCAGACAUGAGUGCCUCAGUGAUGACCAGCGGCCUCUUCCCCAUGUCCUUCCCUGUGUCCUCUGCUCUGAUGUGGUCUGCCCAGGAGGCCCAGGAGCAAUGCCCCGCGACCAGCCGGGCCUCCGUCCAGAGCAGCGGGGCGAAGGAGACCGAGGAGAGGGAGACGGGUGUGUCUCUGAGCCUGCAGGAGGCCUCGCUGUACCGCCUGGCCCGGGACUUCUUCUGGAUCGGCACCAGCGUCUUAUACAAGUGGAGGUUGGGAGACCUGGUGGAGAAAUGCAUGAGCUCCAUGCAGACGGGCUCCCAGAUGGUGAAGCUGCGCGGCGGCUCCAAGGGCUUGGUGCGCUACUUCUUCCUGGACGAGCACAAGUCCUGCAUCCGCUGGCGACCCUCGCGGAAGAACGAGAAGGCCAAGAUCUCCAUUGACUCCAUCCGAGAGGUGUGCGAAGGCAAACAGUCGGAGAUCUUCCAGCGAUAUUCGGAGGGCAGCUUUGACCCCAACUGCUGCUUCAGCCUGUACUAUGGCGAGCGCCUGGAGUCCCUGGACCUGGUGUCCAGCUCCGGCGAGGAGGCUCGCACCUGGAUCACUGGCCUCAAGUACCUGGUGGCGGGAAUCAGCGACGAGGACAGCCUGGCCAAGAGGCAGCGCACCCGCGACCAGUGGCUGAAGCAGACGUUUACGGAGGCGGAUAAAAACGGCGAUGGCAGCCUGAGCAUCGGCGAGGUCCUCCAGCUCCUUCACAAACUCAACGUCAACCUGCCCCGCCAGAAAGUCAAGCAGAUGUUCAAGGAGGCCGACACCGAUGACAACCAGGGCACGCUGGGCUUCGAGGAGUUCUGCUCCUUCUACAAGAUGAUGUCGACGCGCCGCGACCUCUACCUGCUCAUGCUCACGUACAGCAACCACAAGGACAACCUGGACGCCGCCGACCUCGCCCGCUUCCUGGAACUAGAGCAGAAGAUGACCAAGGUUACCAAAGACCAUUGCCUUGAGAUCGUAAACAAAUUUGAACCCUGCCCUGAGAACCAGAAACAGGGGGUUCUGGGUAUUGAUGGUUUUACCAGUUAUAUGCGCAGCCCGGCCGGGGACAUCUUCAACCCGGAGCAUUACGAGGUGACCCAGGACAUGACCCAGCCCCUCUGCAACUACUUCAUCGCCUCUUCCCACAACACCUACCUUAUGGGCGACCAGCUGAUGUCCCAGUCCCGCGUUGACAUGUAUGCCUGGGUGCUGCAGGCGGGGUGCCGAUGCGUGGAAGUGGAUUGUUGGGACGGUCAGGAUGGGGAGCCCAUUGUCCAUCAUGGGUACACCCUCACAUCCAAGAUCUUGUUCAGAGAUGUCAUCGAAACCAUCAACAAGUACGCUUUCGUGAAAAACGACUACCCAGUGAUCCUGUCUAUAGAGAACCACUGCAGUGUUCCCCAGCAGAAGAAGAUGGCCCAGUACCUGGUGGAGGUUAUGGGGGACAAGCUGGACCUGUCUGCCGUCAAUGUGGAUGAACAGGGCCGCCUGCCCUCGCCAGACACCCUCAAAGGGAAGAUCCUUGUCAAGGGCAAGAAGCUCCCACCCAACAUCGAUGAAGACAACGAGGAGGGUGACGUGACUGAUGAGGACAGUGCUGAUGAGAUGGAGGACGAUUGCAAACUGAUGAAUGGAGAUACGUUCAUGACCAGGAAGCAGGUGGAGAAUGUUGCCAAGAAGAAGCUGGACAACCUGAUGAAGGAGUCAAAGAUCCGUGACCGGGAGGACCCUGACAGCUUUACCAUCGCCGCCCUGCCGUCCUCGGAGAAGCCCGCGGACAAGUCACCCUCCAAGGUCAGAGGUGACGACGGGGGAGACACGGGGGACGAAGCCAACCCCAGUGCGAACAAGCGUACGGGCCGGUACUUCAUGGGGAGCUUCUCCAAAAGAAAGAAAAAGGUGGCCAAGCUGAAGAAGUCCAACAGUCUUGAGGACACCGACACGGACCAGGACAGUUCCAGCAGCACUUCCCGAGCCCCACUACAUCACAGCAGGAAGAAGAAAACCAUGAAGCUGUCCAGGGCACUGUCAGACCUGGUCAAGUACACCAAGUCAGUAGGUGUCUCUGACAUUGAGACACAAGCCGCCAGCUCCAGCUGGCAGGUGUCUUCUCUGAGCGAGACCAAGGCCCACCAGAUCAUGCAGCAGAAGGCCGCCGCCUUCAUCCACUUCAACCAGCGGCAGCUGUCGCGCAUCUACCCCUCGUCGUACCGCGUGGACUCAUCCAACUUCAACCCUCAGCCCUUCUGGAACGCCGGCUGCCAUCUGGUGGCGUUAAACUACCAGUCGGAGGGCCGGGUGCUCCAGCUGAACAGAGCCAAGUUCAACAGCAACGGAAACUGUGGCUACAUCCUGAAGCCAUCCUGCAUGUGUGAAGGUGCGUUUAACCCCAUGACUGAGGAUCCAAUGCCAGGCCAGAUGAAGAAACAGCUGGUGCUGAAGAUCAUCAGCGGGCAGCAGCUCCCCAAGCCCAAGGACUCCAUGCUGGGGGACAGAGGAGAGAUCAUCGAUCCGUUUGUGGAGGUGGAGGUCAUUGGUCUGCCAGUUGACUGCUGUAAAGAGCAGACCAGAGUGGUGGACGACAACGGAUUUAACCCCAUGUGGGAGGAGACCUUGGUUUUCACACUGCACAUGCCUGAGCUGGCACUGGUCCGUUUCCUGGUUUGGGACCAUGACCCCAUCGGCCAGGACUUCAUUGGUCAGCGCACCAUCGCCUUCAGCAGCAUGAUGCCAGGUUAUCGCCACGUGUAUUUGGAAGGUAUGGAGGAGGCUUCCAUCUUUGUUCAUGUGUCUGUGCAUGACAUCACUGGUAAGGGCAAAGUGGCCAGCGGCAUAAAAGGGCUUUUUCACAGAAACCCAAAGCAGGCUUCUCUGGACAGCCAUGCUGCUGCGCAGCUCAGCCGUAAGCACCCGUUCGGCGCCCACCUGCUGCGCCGCACGGCCAGCGCGCCCACCGCGCCCACCAAGGCCCAAGCCAAAGCCAAGAAGGGCUUGCCCGAGAUCGCCAUCGACACCAGGGACUACAGCUCGGAAGGCGCCGGCGAGGACCGGGAGUCGGGGGACAGGGAUCUCAGCGCCUCCUCCCAGCCCCCGCCGCUCCACCAACACAACGGGGACACCGCGGCUGGCGCCACGUCGCGCCAGGGCGCCAACGGGCACCAGGGUAGCAACGGGGCUUUUCACCCGGACGAGAGCAAAGGCCUUUACACCGUCCAGAGACCUGCUCCCCCUCUCCCACUGCUGGCAUCAAUCGCUGAAGAACUGGUUAACCAACAUCUCAUUCACUCCUCUUCCCCUUCAGCGGACCACUCUACCCCACAUCACUCCCCACCUCCACCUCUCCCUCCAUCCACGCCAGCAGCCAUCCUUACCCUGUCCCCCGCUUCCCAGGGUGAGGCAGACUGCAGGGGGGAGGAAGGUCUCGUCAAGGGGAGGGGGGACGGCAGGAGACCCCCUGUUCUUCUCAGGACCAUCUCAGCCCCCGUGGAUCCCGUCCCAAGGGAUUCACGUGACCCCAAGGACCUAAACCUGUCACGCAACAGCCCGUCGUUGCCCAUGGAGCGGACGUUGGCCCGCGCGGACGCACAGCGCUCUCCGGCGGGCCGCACAAAGGAAGGCGGCGAGCUACCGGCCGUCUCCAGGCCCCAGAAGGUCCAGGCCGCAAGAGAGCUGUUCGGCGGCAGCCCAGCACGCACCCCCGUCAGACGGUCGAAAAGCGAGGGCAACACGCGGACGUCGCCCAGGGGAGAGCAGCCGCCGUCGGCCGUGCCGGAGUUGUGCACGGACGCCACCCUGAACGACCAGCUGUGGAGCCGGCUAGAACCCGGGCCGGGCAGCCACCGGGACAGUGUGUCCUCGUCCUCCAGCGUCUCAUCAAACGACACGGUCAUCGACCUGUCCAUGCCCAACCUGGCUCGGAAGAGCCUCUCCUGCCUAAGCGGUGCCGCGUCCACGCCCGACGGCCCGGAGCCCCCCUCCUGGGUCAACAGGCCGCGCUCGGCCGUCGCCCCCUUCGACAGCCCCCGAGUCAGCAAGAGCAAGUCCAGCCCGAACCUGCGGGAGGGUCACCCGGAGGGGCCGGAGGACGACCUGCAGCCCCGGCCCCUUGGGGAGCGGAGAGAGCCCCCGGCGGACUCCCCCAGCAGGGUGGCCCAGAGGAGACACACCUGGAGCCGCCUUUACAUGGAGGGGCUGAGGCAGUCCUCGUCACCGGCCAAGAAGCCGUCGGCCGCCUCGGCCCUCGCCGCCAAACCCCUUGAUGCCGGGGCCUCGAUGUCCAAGAGCCUGGGGGACCUGACGUCGGACGACAUCGCCUGCAACUUCGACAGCAAGUACCGCAGCAUCAGCCGCAGCUUCAUCGUCAGGCCGUCGCGGGGCGACCCGCGGCGACGCCCCGGGGCACCUCGGCCCCAGCCCAGCGACCUGACGGAGCGGCUGAGGAGGCUGACGGACGUCGAGCCCCUGACCGCCCGUGACUUCGCCCCGCAGCCGGGGCGGGAGCCCGCAGGGGAGGCCGAGGAGGAGGCCCCGCUGCGGAGGAUGUCGUCGCGGAGCCAGAGCAGGGUACGCUACAUCGCCAACAGAGCCAAGCAGGCCCAGGAGAGGCAGCGGCUCCAGACCCAGCCCUCCGCUAACGCUAGCAUUAGCGGUAGCCCCAUCGAGGAGCGGGGAAACCCGGAGGGUGCGUGCUGUGUUGCCCGGAGCCCCUGUGCUAGCCUGGACCUGCUGAGCCAGCUCAGCCCCCCGGGGACACAGUCCCAGACCCAGAUACAGUCCCAGACCCAGACCUCCCUGAACUCUGACAACAACGAGCUGUUCUUCAUGCUCAAGCUCUGAGAAUCAAAGACUCACUUUGGAACAGAGCGUGAGAGACACUGGACCUGUUUAAAAUUCCAUCCGGAUUUCUAAGGGGGACUGUGUCAUUUUUAAACAGAGGAAAUUCUGUAUGUCUUCACAGGACACAUUUUUGAAAUGUUUAAUUAUGCACCAAAUAAGGAUAGUUCUUUCAUAAAUGUACAGUUACAAGCACAGUUUUGCUCUACUCAAUGUCUUAGUCCACUGCUCAGUAACCCACAUAAUCGAUAAACAUCUGUAGACACCAAACGCCUAGCAAGUCACUGGAAGUCAUCUUUUACUACACCAGUGACAACCCAUAUCAAAUAAUAAUAAAACAAAUAAUAUAAAACAGCUGUGAGUUGUUAUAUGAAAGCAUGCUUUAUCAAUGCAGUCAUCUGUUUGUAUCAAAUGAGGAACGAUGGAAUGUAAUUGGUUUUUGUGUGCCUGAUUGUCUAGAAUCGCAGUGACAUCCAUGUUUUGAAAAGUUGCCAUGAUCCUAACAUAGCAAUAGAGAAACAUUUGUGAGAUUCCAAUUCUAAAAACUUUUAAAACUUGAAAUCUAUACUGUAAUUUUAAGCUUAAGAUUCAAUAAUAAACUGUUAACUCAUUGUACAGUAAAUCAUCAGUAGCCCAGCUAUGUGCUAGCAAUAUUUUAAAAACAAUUAUUAUUGUGUAUUAUACAUCCGAUAAGGUAGUGGAUGGAUUUUAAUAACGACUAGACUGUUGUUUAAGCAAAGGACCAUGCAGACUUUGCUAAAAACAGUCAAAGGUAAAAAAAAAAAGAAAAAAUCCCCCAAAACAAUAAGUAUUUUUAAACAUUUUAUUUUAAUAAUAUGCGUACAGUGAAGUGUGAUAUUCUACUCAUGUUGCCCGUUUUUAAUUUGAAUGCAUGUACUCAAAGCACUGUUAUGUACGUAUCUUAUUUUAUAAUACGAGAAAAUAUUUUUUAUUUAGGAACUGUUUUGUCAACUUUUUUGCAUAGUGUUCAGGCUGUUGAAUGACGUGGUUGGUUACAGUCUUUGUAAAUACUUUGAACCUAGCACGUUUAUUUGAACUGUUGGCUACUGUUUGCACUGCCAAGCAAGUUCUCUGCAACCUUUGAGGAAAAGUAGUUAUUCGAGUUUUAAAAAAUCACAUGUAAUUAUUAACUGAAUAAAUCUCAACUGUAUAUUA